AUGAAGAAGACUGAAACUGGUUCCUCUGAUAAACCAGUCAAGGAGUCUAAGUCUACGAAGAUUCCAAAGAAGCAACCAAUCGUUGAUAGAGAGCCAGUGACACACGAAGUCUUGGUUGCUGACACUCCCUUAACCAGUCAAGAAAAAGAAAUUAUUCCUUCGAAGACCAGUGUUUUCCGAAGAAUCAAAAUGAAAUCAAAGCAUAAGAGCAUACCUUCACUCACUAAUAUCGUACGAAAUCCACAUGUUACUCAUCAGGGAGUCCUAUUUCGUGAAAUUCCAGUGCCUGUUUCUCCAUCCUCAAAGAAACAAAGGGCUGCAGAUAUGGCUAAAAAUAAGUCAAACAAAGUGAUAAUCUCUUUUGAAUCUACAGAUGACAAAGAUGAAAGGAUUCCAGAAACUCCUGAACUUAUCCAAAAAGAUACUUCUGUUCCUUUAUAG